AUGUCUUUCUACACCUAUCUCUUCGUGAACCAGCCGUGGUGGAAGCCUCUGGCCAUUGUUCUCCUGGUGGGCAUUAUCUAUUACCUCGCCAACAUAACAUACUAUCUGUACUUUCAUCCACUGAGCAAAUACCCCGGGAACAAGCUCGAUGCAAUCUCGAGAAUUCCGCACGCCUUGAGGUGCUGGCGAGGCAGGGCACCCAUGGAGAUGCUCGAGCUGCACCGCAAGUACGGCGACAUUGUGCGUGUCGGGCCUCAAGAACUCUCCUUCCAACACCCCGAUGCCUGGAACAGCAUUUCUGGCCACCGAAUAGGCACCGGCCAUGGGAACAACGAGAAGGACCCACGGCAGCACACCACCAGCCAGAACAAUCUCCUUGGAGCGAGCCGGGAGAAACACGCCCGAUUCCGUCGCGCCCUGUCCCACGGCUUCUCAUCCCAGGCGAUCGCCAACCAGCAGCCACUGAUCAACCGCUACAUCGAUCUCCUCAUCCAGCGCCUCGACGAACGUGUAGGGCAAAAAAUCGACGCGGUGGCCUGGUAUAACUGGACCACGUUCGACAUCAUCGGAGACCUGUCCUUGGGGGAAUCCUUUGGCUGUUUGGAGCAGGCGCGUGCCCAUUUCUGGGUCACGACCUUCUUCGAGUCGGUCCGCUUCUUCAAUUACUCUCGUCUGUUGGGUAUUUUUCCGGAGCUCACGCCGUUGCUUCGCUUCCUGAUAUCCGAGGAGACGGUCCGCGUUGCAAAGGCCCGCAUGGAGAUAACAACCCAGACCGUAGAGCGACGUCAGGCCUCGGGACGCAAUCGCCCCGACUACAUCGACGCCCUCAUGACCACGAAGGACGGAGUCGAACCUCUCACCCAAACCGAGAUCAUUGAGAAUGCGGCCCUGGUCCUCAUCGCAGGUUCCGAGACGACGGCCACGGCACUCUCGGGCGCAACGUAUCUUCUGUGCAAGCACCCAAGGGUCCUCAAGAAGCUGCAAGACGAGGUUCGAAGUGCCUUUAUGAUAGAAAGCGAGAUCAAUCUGGACAACGUGAGUCGCCUGCCAUACACGAUGGCGGUGAUCAAGGAAGUUCUGCGCAUCUAUCCUCCGACGCCCAUGUCAAACUCCCGUGUGACCCCGCCGGAAGGGAAUGUCAUCUGCGGCGAGUCUUUGCCUGGCAAUACAUAUCUCAACAUCUUCCAGUGGACCUCGCACCACAAUCCCAAGUACUUUGCGGAUCCCGACCUGUUCGUUCCCGAACGCUUCCUCGGCACGGAGCCGCGCUAUGCCAACGACAACCUUGCGAUGAUGGAGCCUUUCUCUGUUGGACCACGAAACUGCAUUGGCAAGAACCUCGCCUAUGUCGAAAUGCGUCUGAUCCUCGCGCGGAUCGUCUUCAACUUUGACUUUGAGCUGUCCCCGGAAAGUGACGGCUGGAUGGAGGGUCAGAUCAUAAAUACCUUGUGGGAGAAGCCCCCGCUGUAUAUAACCAUGUCGGCGCGCAAGCAGAGAUGA